UUCUGUGGGGGUUGGGCCAGUGAACGCAGCGUGGGGUCCUUCGAGUGGAAUCUGGGCCGUGCCACAUCCCCUGGCAAGCCCAGCACACCAAGGUAGCCAAGAUGUCGGUGAAGGAAGGCGCGCAGAAGAAAUGGGCGGCCCUCAAGGAGAAACUGGGGCCCCAGGACACGGAUCAGACAGAGGCCAACCUGGAGAACGCCGAGCCGGAGCUCUGCAUCCGCCUCCUGCAGAUCCCGUCGGUGGUGAAUUACUCCGGCCUGAAGAAGCGCCUGGAGAGCAGCGACGACCCGUGGAUGCUGCAGUUCCUGGAGCAGUGCGGGCUGGACCUGCUGCUGGAGGCCCUGGACCGCCUGUCUGGGCGGGGUGUGGCCCGCAUCUCGGAUGCGCUGCUCCAGCUCACCUGCAUUAGCUGCGUGCGGGCCGUCAUGAACUCGCACCAGGGCAUCGAGUACAUCCUCAGCAACCAGGGCUAUGUCCGCAAACUCUCCCAGGCCCUGGACACGUCCAACAUCAUGGUCAAGAAGCAAGUGUUUGAGCUGUUGGCCGCCCUGUGCAUUUACUCUCCGGAAGGACAUGAGCUGGCUUUGGACGCCUUAGAGCACUACAAGACGGUGAAGAACCAGCAGUAUCGCUUCAGCGUGAUCAUGAGCGAACUCUCCAACUCGGACAACGUGCCUUACGUCAUUACCCUGCUGAGCGUCAUCAACGCCGUCAUCCUGGGCACCGAGGAGCUGUGGGCCCGAACUCAGCUCAGGAAUGAAUUCAUAGGUCUGCAGCUGCUGGACAUCUUAACCAAGCUGAGAGACAUCGAAGACGUCGAUCUUCUCAUUCAAUGCGAAGCAUUUGAGGAGGCCAAAUCGGAAGAUGACGAGGAGUUGCUGAAAAUAUGCGAUGGGAUUGACAUGAGCAAUCACCAGGAAGUCUUCUCAUCCCUGUUUCAUAAAGUGAGCCGCUCCCCGGUUUCCGUCCAGCUGCUGUCCGUCCUUCAGGGCCUGCUGCACCUGGAACCAUCGCAGCGGUCCAGCCUGCUGCUGUGGGAGGCGUUGGAGAUCCUGGUGAACAGAGCCGUGCUGCUGGCUGGAGAUGUUCAGGAAAGCAGCAUUGAGGAGAUCGUGGAGAGGCUUCUAUCCAUCAAGAGGCGGCCCGGUGGCAGACCAGAAGAAAGAGAUUGCACCAGAAAGGUCCAUAAGUGGACCCAGACCGGCCCGGACACAGCCCAGCUGCUGCCGGGAAGCGAGACGUGCCCGGGCACCGGUCACCCCGGGACCCCGGAGUGGGUGGAGAAGGAGGCAUCCACCCACCUCCCGGCCUGCUCCGUUACUCCUGAGCAAUGCGUCCCUCUUCUGUCUGCCCCACCUCCUCCGCUGCCCGGCAUGGCAGCCCCGCCCCCACCCCCGCCCCCGCCCCCUCCUCUGCCAGGUAUUGCAGCCCCGCCCCCGCCCCCUCCUUUGCCAGGAAUGGCAGCCCCACCUCCACCCCCUCCUCUGCCAGGAAUGGCAGCACCACCCCCACCUCCUCCCCCACCACUACCAGGUAUGGCAGCUCCACUCCCAAUCCCUCCAUUGCCAGGCAUGGCGACACCGCCCCCGCCUCCUCCGUUGCCAGGCAUGGCGACACCACCCCCGCCCCCUCCGUUGCCAGGCAUGGCGGCCCCACCCCCGCCCCCUCCACUGCCAGGCAUGGCGGCCCCACCCCCGCCCCCUCCACUGCCAGGCAUGGCGGUCCCUCCCCCUCCACCCCUGCCGGGAGGAAUUCCUCCGCCGCCUCCUCCUCCUCCAUCAGGGGGUGGCGGGGAGGAAAUCCUGGUGGCCCAGGUGGGCUACACCCUGGGAUACGCCCCAGCCCCUUGCCGCAAGAAGGUGAAUCAGCCCACGCUGAGGAUGAAAAAGCUCAACUGGCAGAAGCUUCCCUCCAACGUAGUCCGUGAGAGUCACUCCAUGUGGGCAUCGACCGGCAGCCUCAGCGACGAGGCCGUGGAGCCGGAUUAUGGCAGCAUAGAGCAGCUGUUCUGCUUCCCAACCGCCAAGCCCAAGGAGAAGGAGCCCGCCCCGGUGAAGAAGGAGCCAAAGGAGGUCACGUUCCUGGACUCUAAGAAAAGCCUCAACCUGAACAUCUUCUUGAAGCAGUUCAAGUGUCCGAACGAGGAGAUCGUGGCCAUGAUCCAGCGGGGUGACCGGACCAGGUUUGACGUGGAGGUGCUGAAGCAAUUGCUCAAGCUGCUGCCCGAAAAGCAUGAGAUCGAGAACCUGAAAUCCUUUGGGGAUGGAAAAGCCAAGUUGGCAAGUGCCGACCAGUUCUACCUCCUGCUUCUUGGGGUCCCCUGCUACCAGCUGCGCACUGAAUGCAUGUUGUUGUGCGAGGAGACCCUCAUCGUGCUGGACAUGAUUCGGCCAAAAGCGGAGAUGAUCCGGAAAGCUUGUCAGUGCCUGCUCAGCAGCCAGCAGCUCCCAGUAUUCUGCCAGCUGGUCCUCAAAAUCGGAAACUUCCUCAACUACGGAAGCCACACAGGCGACGCGGACGGCUUUAAGAUCAGCACCCUCCUCAAGCUGACCGAGACCAAAGCCAACCAGACGCGGGUGACGCUGCUCCACCACAUCCUCGAGGAGGUUGAAAAGAGCCACCCCGACCUCCUGCAGCUUCCCAAUGACCUGGAGCUCGUGUCAAAGGCAGCAGGGAUCAACCUGGAGAUCAUCCGAUCCGAAGCCAGCGCCAACCUGAAGAAGCUUCUGGACACUGAGAGAAAAGUCGCGGCCUCCACUGGGGACGUGAAGGAGCAGUACGAGGUGUUGAUUCGGGACAGCAUCGCGGCCUCCAGAGAGCUGGAACGGGAGUUCAGUGCCGUCGAGCAGAAGAAGGUGGAGCUGGCGGAUUACCUGUGUGAAGACUCCAGCCAACUGUCUCUGGAAGACACCUUCACCAUCUUGAAGACAUUUCGGGACCUCUUCAUCAAGGCCCUGAAGGAAAACAAGGAUCGUAAGGAGCAGGCUGUGAAAGCCGAGAAACGGAAGAGGCAGCUUGCAGAAGAGGAGGCCAAGCGGCCCCGCGGGGAGAACGGAAAGAUGGCCCGGAGGGGAGUGACGAAGCAGCCGGAGGAGGUGUGCGUCAUCGACGCCCUGCUGGCCGACAUCCGGAAGGGCUUCCAGCUGAGGAAGACUGCCAAGGGGAAAGGGGACCCGGACACGGGGCCCAGAGCCGCCUCCGCCGAAACCCAGAAGGGCCCGGAAGCUGAUGCAGUGGACGGCUCCAGCCAAGGAACCCCAGGAGCCACUGAGUGUGAAGCCAGUCCCCCGGACCGGGCGGGCGCCCCGGUGCCCAACGGACACCCCGCGGCUGGGGACACUGGCGUGUCCCGUCCCCAUGCGCCCCCCUCAGAGAGACGCCCCUCCUGGUGCCAAGUCGGAGACGACCCCCUCCCCGGUGACGAGGACGAGGGUCCCAAGGCCAGCCAGGCAGGGGGUUCGGGUGGUCUGAGGUUUGUCCCGGCCGCGGCCCCGGUCAAAUUCUACAGUGACUACUCUCACACCUGUGGCAGCGAGGACAAGGCCACGGAGCGCGGCGGAGAGGAGAAGAGAGGCCGAGUUCAGGGCCCGGAGGAGGAGUCCCAGCGGGCCAGGGCAGAUGGUGCAGCCGAAAGCGGGGCCGCCCAAGACCUGGGACCCCUGCCCCCCGAAGUCCUAGCAGAAGCGUCGGUGGCAGGCCCCGUGCCGGAGGACAGGGACGACGACACGGCUCCGGACUCGGUGUUGGACACGUCCUUGGACAGAUCGUUCUCCGAGGAGACCGUCACUGACUCUUCAGGCUCGGCCACGCUCCCGCGCUCUCAGGACCGGACGCAGAGAGAGAAGAGGAGGAGGAAGAAGAGGCCGUCCAAGAGUCAUGAAGGUCACGCAGAGGAGGUCAUUGACCCUGGAGAUAAUAAAACAAAAAGGUUUUGUUCGGUUCAGUGAGGUAUCCGAACGAAGCCAAAAACCAAGUGACCAACGGUCCGAGAAACGGUGCCCGGGGUAUCCACUUGGGUGUCGCCGCUCUGACCCGGACAGCCAGCUGACUCCUCCUCCUCCCCUCCCCACCUCGCUCGUUAUCUCUUCUUGCCUGGUCUACCUUACUGUGCCACGCUGGACCGUGCUGGGCCUUGUCGGGUAAAGGAGCAGGCUCAGUGCAUCUUUCUGAAACUCCAACUCCCUGGCAGAGACUGGCAUCUCUCCCAUAUACCAGGGGAGGGGUGGUAGCUCAGAAGGACGGUUUGCCACACAAACUCAGCCCCGAUUCCCCCCCCCCCCAUUCCAGCAAGCCCCUGCAUGGCCAGACCGCUGUCCUGCCCCGCGGCUGGCGUUGCGCUAUAUCUGCCUUGCAGCACGCUUUUGUAGGGAGCCUCCCCUGGAGAGCAGGGCGGUCCCGGGCGGAGAGCAGCGGCAGCCUCCGUCACUCAAGAGUCAGAACUUUCUCCGUGGAAACAGUUGUCGGCGCUUUCUCUGUGAAAACGGGGGUGGGAGUGGGGCGGGGGUCUGUCUGUUCAUCUGGGUGGUCAUUAUCUGUGCCCCUCAGGCCAGUAGGAAUGGGGCUGGGGCUGGUACAGACGGAGUUGAGGCUGGUAGAGAUUGAGGCUGGUAGAGACGGGCCUGGGGGUGGAAGAGACGGGCCUGGGGCUUGUACGGAUGGGUCUGGAGCUGGUACAGAUGGGGUUGAGGCUGGUAGAGAUUGAAGGUGGUAGAGACAGGCCUGGGGCUGGAAGAGCUUGGGUCGGGGGCUGGAAGAGACGGACCCGGGGCUGGAAGAGCUGGGGCUGGUAGAGAUUGAGUCUGGUAGAGACCGGCCUGGGGCUGGAAGAGACGGGCCCGGGGCUGGAAGAGGCAGACCCAGGGCUGGAAGAGCUGGGGCUGGUAGAGAUUGAGUCUGGUAGAGACGGGCCUGGGGCGGGAAGAGAUGGGUCUGGGGCUGGUACAGACAGGGCCGGGGCUGAUACAGAUGGGCCUGGGGCUGGAAGAGUCGGACCUGGGGCUGGUAGAUAGAAGCUGGUAGACGGGCCUGGGGCUGGUAGAGACAGUGCUGGAGCUGGUACAGAUGGGGCUGGAGCUGGUACAGAUGGGGUUGGGGCUGGUAAGGACGGUGCUGAUGACUUCCUGGUAUUGUACCACCUGUGCGGAGAAUUUGGUGGUGGAGGUGAAGCUCGUCCGGAGCCGGAUCCAUCGGCCUCCUCGGACCGAAACCUGCUGCAAGGCCAACCCGCUGGCUAACCUCGUGGUCGGUUGUAAAGGCUGGGCAGGUCCACUGCGGACCGUGUUUUAACUGGGCCGCUGAACUGGGAAAUGGGAAAACGAAGUGGAGUCUGGGGAAGGAAGUCAAAUCAAAUUGGAAGAGAAAGAGAAAAAAAGGAAGCGAGAAA